AAUUUGCGGCGCUUCUCAUUGCCGUCGGUGAGAAGAGAGAGUGCAGACCAAAUUCAAUUCAAAAUUGAAAUUCAGGGGUUUUACGGUGAAAUUGAAAUACAUAUAUUUUACUCUUGGGAAUUACAUUGUUAAAAUACAUGUAUUUCACUUAAAUUCAAUUACUUUUUAUUUACGUAAAAACAAACAAUGAUAUUGAAUUUUAACCCUUCAAAUUCAAAUACAUUGUUUCAAAUUCGUGUUACCAAACAUACCAGAAAGGGGGAAGCUCCAAGCUGAAGGUCCUUCACGAGUAAUUGAAGAACUCUUGGGCCUCAAUAAACAAAUUUUAAAAAUCUUCUUUCUAGGGUUUUGUCCUGGUCCCGCCCCAAAAUCACGACGACCGAUCGGCGGCAAUGGCAGAAUCGGUGUGCAGGGCACUCAGGGACGGAGGCUUAGAGGGAGGGCAUGCGCCUGCUCUCACCAUAAAGGACUCCAUCGCUUCUCCCUUUGGCUUCGACGUAUUCUGCCACGUGCUCUCACAGCUCUCCUCCCUCAUUUUGGCGGGAAAAUCACAGUCAACAGGUCUUGUCGUCGUUGCGUUUCGCAGAAGCCCGUCGUGUUAUGUGGAGCUGCUGGAGAGCAAAGGGAUCGAUAUUGGUUCCUCUAAUAAAUGGAUUCAAAUUUUGGAUUGUUACACUGAUCCUCUAGGGUGGAAAUUUCGGUUAAUGGAUGGUGGAAACAUCGCUGAGCUUUCCAGUGAAUCUUCAAGUACUGCCAUUCUUUGUAAGGAUGUAAAGGAUGUGGAUAAGUUGUACUCUUCAAUUAUUGAAGUUGGGAAAGGAUUGAUAACAGAAUCGAGAUGUCGUUCCUCUGUGGCCAUAGAUUCAGUAAUUCUGCAUCUUAUGAAUUUCUAUUUGUUAGCAUUACUCUUGAGUAUGUCUUGGAUCUUGGGUUACAUUCUAUUUUUACUUGGUCUAGGAAUAUGGUUAAGAAAUGAUGAUCUUAGUUUGAAUUCUCUGAAUGAGUCUUGUUCUGGUGAUAUGUAUGGAAACUUCUCAUUAAAAACAAACAUGUGCUAUGAAACACCAAGAUCCAGUCCUAAUGUCGUGCCUAUGAAAAUUAUGAAGAUGGCCAAAGAAAAGUAAGGCAGUACAUGGGGCUAGAAAAUCCUUUUUUUUUUUUCACUUUAAAAUGAUGAGUCAUUUUUAAGAAAAACAUUUAUUUCUUUGUGUAGAAAACCUUACAAAAUGAGUCGAUGUGAUUCAUAUGAAGGCUCCCAUCAUGUUUUCAUGUUUUAUGGAAAGAAUUCUGGAAAACUUUUCCAAAAUUAUACUUUUGUAACUAGCAAAUUUUUUUUAAAAAAGUGUACUUUUUAUCUCUUGAUUGAUGCUCAUCAGCUGUUUUCUCCAUUGCCCUGGGAUGAUUUUUUUUUCCUUUUUAAUCUCUCAGUCAUUGGUUCACAUGGUAAAGAGGAAUGCUAGGACAAGCCAACGCAAUUUUAUAUUUUGGAAUAGUUGAAGAUAAUGGUGGUUUUGUGAUACAAUAGCUCUAUAAAACUAAAUUACAAUGUCAUUUAAGGACAGCAUAAUCACCAAAAUAAUAAAGCCUUAUCAUUUCACAUUCUAAAAUUUACUAUGUCAUGGGCUUACUUGGUUCUUGUUGUACGCAAGUAAAUGAUUUCUUAAUAAAGUAUUUUGUUAGUU